AGGGCGGUAGGUUUGAAUGGUCAAGACCUGUGGCUGUUGUUCUGCUACGAGGCUGUAACUCCGACCCUCAGCGGAGAGAAGCGGCGAAGCCCAUGCCGUCGGGAAGUAAAUUUGUAGUGUGGUUCAAUUGCCUCCUUUCCCCCGAUUUUCUUUAAUUUUGCUCCAGUCUUCGCUUGUGACUGAUCCCCACCCACUUCUCUUUCUCCUGAAGCCCUCGGAGACCAUGUCUGCAGAACUCACUUCAUGCACAAGGGAGGAAGGAAGUCCUGGCACAGGACCCAGUUUUCGAUUCCACCAGAGGAAGAUACUAAACUUGCUCCUGGAGAGAGACGCUUCCUUCACCAUCUGUCGAGAUCUCCCUGGAACUCCAGUGGACAAACUCUUUGGUGAUUCUGCAAACCAAAGCAGUUUGUCUGGAGGAACCCCAAAAUGUUGCCUUGAUCUUUCGAAUCUUAGCAGUGGGGAGAUGUCUGCCACUCAGCUUACAGCUCCUGCAGACCUUGAUGGAACUGGUAGGGAGAAGGGAGGUCCUUUGGAUUCUUCAGGACCUCAGGAAAUACAGUUAGCUCGGAGGAAUCAACACAAGCACCUUAUAAAAUGCAGCCCAGGGCGGCCGCUUUGUAGCACUCCAAAGGCUUUGGACCAUGGCAACAAGAAGAAAGAUGCAAUAUGUAGCUCAUCCACAAAUAAAGAAAAUGAAAACAACACUUUGAAGCCCUUGGAAUGCUGGGCACCCAGGAACCUGAAGUUUCAAAAGAAAUCAGGGGGGCCUUACAUGUCUCCCCUUUCUCUACUGGACAAUGGAAACUUGGUGGAAAGUGAAAUGAAAUAUCUGGGCAGUCCCAUCACUGUAGUUCCAAAAUUGGGUAAAAAUCUAAAACUAGGAAAAGACCAGGCAGAGGAGAUUUCAGAUGAAUUGAUGGAGUUUUCCCUGGAAGAUCAAGAAGAGGCCAAGGGCUUAGGUCUAAAGAAGACAGUCUCUCUCUGUGACAUUAAUGCCACUCAGAUGCUGGAAGAAGCUUCUAACCAGGGGUACCUGACUGGUGAUUUCUCCAAGGUAUGUGCACUGCCAACCGUGUCAGGGCGACACCAAGAUCUGAAGUACAUCAGCCCAGAAACAGUAAGCAGAUUUCUGGAGAUGGUGGCUGCCUUACUGUUGGGGAAAUUCCAGGGUCUGAUUGAGAAGUUUUAUAUCAUCGAUUGCCGCUAUCCAUAUGAGUACCUCGGAGGACACAUCCAGGGAGCCUUAAACUUGUUCAGUCGGGAAGAACUGUGUAGCUUCUUUCUGAAGAUGCCUAUUGUCCCUUUGGAUACCCAGAAAAGAAUAAUCAUCGUGUUCCACUGUGAAUUCUCCUCAGAGAGGGGCCCCCGAAUGUGCCGCUCUCUGAGAGAAGAGGACAGGGCCCUGAACCAGUAUCCUGCAUUGUACUACCCAGAGCUGUAUAUCCUCAAAGGGGGCUACAGAGACUUCUUUCCAGACUACACGGUGCUGUGUGAACCACAGAGCUACUGCCCUAUGCAUCACCAGGACCAUAAGGCAGAAUUGCUGAGGUGUCGAAGCCAGAGCAAAGCAUGGGAAGGGAAGCGGCAGCUGCAGGAGCAGAUUGCCUUACUGGUGAAGGAUGUGAACCUACGAUAAUAGAUCAGCUGCUGGCUGCUUAGGAGUCACCAAAAGAAUGUAGAAAAUUUGGGCAGAAAGAGGCCAACAGGCUACCAAACUGAUGCAAUCCUAGGCCUGGGAAUUGGUUAAGUUUCAGUAGGGUUGCUGGCUGGUGGAGCUGGCUGGCUCUAUAAACUGUAGCCUUGGGUUGUACUGAGAUGUGUGUUACGUAAGGGAGUGUUUGCAUCCUCUUUCUAACUAUAAGCCAGCCAGCGAGCUCUUUUUCUCCCUGAGCUGCGGGCUAUGCAAGAGAGUUGCCCACCUUCUUUCUCUGUAUUGUCCUUCUUUGUCCCCCCCCCCCUUUAUUAACUGGAAAAAUAAACAUUGUAGAAUGAGAGAUGUGAUUGUGAGCCUAAUCUGCUCCUAGAAGAUUUAUAUGAGGAAGUGAUCACCAAAUUAGAUUCUUUCAGACAUAAAGGUAUAAUCACCUCAAAUUCAGAGUUAAGAUCACAGUGCUUUUCUCAAGAUCAGCUGGUGGAUCUCAGAGUAGACCCUGGCCCUGGCUGGCUUGGCUCAGUGGAUAGAGUAUCAGUCAGUCCAAGGACUGAGGGUCUCGGGUUCAAUUCCAGUCAAGGGUGUGUACCUUGGUUGCAGGCUUGAUCCACAGCCUCGAUCAGCACAUGCGGGAGGCAACCAAUUAAUGAGUCUCUCACAUCGAUGUUUCUCUUUCUCUUGUUUAAAAAUGUAUUUUUAAUUGAUUUCAGAGAGGAAGGGAGAGAGAGAGAGAGAGAGAGAGAGAGGAGAGAAACAUCUAUGAUGAGAGGGAAUCAUUGAUCAGCUGCCUCUUGGGAUCGAGCCCACAACCAGCACAUGCCCUUGACUGGAAUCAAACCUGGGACCUUUCAGUCCAAAGGCCAAUGCUAUAUCCACUGAGCCAAACCGGCUAGGGCUGUUUCUUUGUGU